CGUCAAUCAUCGCUGUCGUUCAUCAACGACGAUAACGACGACCAACGGCAAAGAAAAAACAAUGGCUACCCAACCCAAACUCACGAUUUCCAUCCUGGUAAUCUCAGAGACCGCAUCUCGAGACCCGUCAACAGAUCAAUGCAUCCCCGCCCUCACAAAAGUAAUCUCCGACCUCGGCUCUGACAACUGGUCCAUCACCUCUACAUGCAUAAUCCCCGACUCGAUCCCAAAGAUCCAAGCCGCAGUCCUUACAGCAGUUGCCGAGGAUGUAAAUCUCAUCAUCACGUCUGGUGGCACGGGGUUUGCGGUCAAGGAUGUAACGCCAGAAGCCGUGUCGCCGUUGAUUGAGAAACAUGCUCCGGGGUUGGUGCAUGGUAUGUUGGCGGAGAGUCUCAAAGUUACUCCCUUUGCGGUGAUGAGUAGACCUGUGUGUGGUGUUAGAGGCAAAUCGCUGAUCAUUACACUGCCGGGGAGUCCGAAGGGGGCAAAGGAGAAUUUGGAAGCCGUGUUUAAAUUGCUGUCUCAUGCUUGUUUGCAGGCUAGUGGUGGUGAUUCGAGACAGAUGCAUAAAGGUGGGACUGAAAAGUUGGAAGAGGAAGCUGGUGUGAAAGCUUCAAGUGGCGGUGGGCAUUCACACGGUCAUGGUCAUGGUCAUGGUCAUGGUUGUGGGAGAGAUCAUGGACAUGGAGGGCAUCAUGGUCCCAAAGCUCAUACGGCACAGGAAGAGCAAGCGCAACAGUCUAAUGAUCCUUCUCAAGGUCCGAGUAGGAGAUAUAGACAAUCGCCCUACCCUAUGCUGUCUGUCAAGGACGCUCUCCAACAAAUCGCCAACCACACACCCGAACCAACGACUAUCAAACUUGCUGUCAAUGAAGCUCUCGUCGGCCAUGUACUGGCAGAAGACGUUACAGCACAGGAAUCUGUCCCUGCUUUCCGCGCCAGCAUUGUAGAUGGCUAUGCCGUUGUCGCUGGGCCCGAUGCCCCUAGCACAAAGGGAACAUUCCCCGUCGCCAUGAUCUCUCACGCUCAAGCUGGCGAACCCGCAGAGUUGCAAAAUGGACAAAUCGCUAGAAUCACUACUGGUGCGCCUUUGCCUCCCGGAGCUACUUCUGUAGUCAUGGUCGAAGACACAAAACUGGUAUCCAUGACAGACGACGGUACAGAGGAAAAGGAAAUCGAGAUACUGACUGACGCAAUCGAAGUUGGUGAGAACGUGCGAGAAGUAGGCUCGGAUGUUCAAGCCGGAGAUGUGAUUAUGCGAGCAGGCGAAGGUAUCUCUGUGGUUGGUGGAGAACUUGGUCUUCUGGCCUCUGUCGGCGUCAAAGAAGUCCUCGUGUACAAAAAGCCCAUCAUCGGCGUCCUAAGCACAGGCGACGAAAUCGUAAACCACGACAGAAAAGGCGACCUAAGAAGAGGAGAAGUAAGGGAUACAAAUCGUCCCACCCUCUUGACCUCCAUCCGCGCCUCCGGCUUCGAAGCCGUAGACCUAGGUAUCGUAUCUGACAAACCAGACGCACUCGAACAAAGCCUGCGCGACGCAACCCGACGCGUCGACGUCAUAAUAACCUCCGGCGGUGUCAGCAUGGGAGAACUCGACCUCCUGAAACCAACAAUCGAGCGCUCCCUCGGCGGCACCAUCCACUUCGGCCGUGUAGCCAUGAAACCCGGUAAACCCACCACCUUCGCCACCAUCCCCGCCAAGUCCAACACCGGCGAAAGAGUCACAAAAGUCAUCUUCUCACUCCCCGGAAACCCUGCCAGUUGUGUAGUUACCUAUCAUCUCUUCGUGUUGCCGGCAUUGCACAAACUCGCCGGUGUGGAACCAAGGGGUUGUGUAAAAGUCAAGGUCAUCGUGGAUGCAAACACAAGACUCGACAAGCAGAGAGAUGAAUUCCAUCGCGCUAUUGUCAAAGCUGGGACUGAUGGAUAUUUACACGCCGUGAGCACAGGAGGACAGAGAAGUUCGAGGAUAGGAAGCUUCAAAGGUGCAAAUGCAUUACUGUGUUUACCCGCUGGAGAUGGGCAAGUGAAAAGUGGGGAGAUGGUUGAUGCACUGUUGAUGGGAAAGUUGAUUUGGUGAUAAUCUAAGAAUCCCCCCGUCUUACCGCGGUAUGGUCUGGUAAGCGUUUUUUGGCAUUUCGAAAAUAUUAAAAAUGGAAGAAAAAAAGAAAUGCCAAGUAUAGUGUUGCUACUCUGCCCAUAUAUCGUCGUGUUAUUUGUUUCCCUAGCACUUGUCAGUUUUCAACAAGGUUAAAAGAUCUGUGUUGUUCUCUCUUUUACUCUUACGUUUGAAGCCCCCAUCUCAUGUCGACCACCGAGAUCCUCAUACAAACAUGACACGCUGCUGUGCAUGAGAAAGUUCGUACAAGUUGCUAAUUCACAAUGGAAAGUAGAACGCACAAUACAUCCACAUGGAAAUAUCUACAAGUUCGACCAAG